AUGUACAUCUUACAUCGCAUCAACGGCCACGACAUCGCCGGGGUUACCUCACUGGCCACGGACACCCACUUGAACCUGACAUUAAAGCAGCCGUAUGGCGUCACAGCGGCCAUCAUCCCAUGGAACGUUUCCUUGAUCAUGAUGUGCAUGAAGAUCGGGCCCUCGCUAAUCGCCGGAAACACGCUGGUGCUGAAGUCGUCGGAGAAGUCUCCGCUGACUUCUCUCCUCUUUGCUCGUCUUGCCAAGCAGGCUGGGCUGCCAAUCGGAGUUCUGAACAUCCUGUCGGGCCUUGGGAAGCCCUGCGGCGACUGCCUUGCUCGCCAUAUGAAGAUCCGCAAGAUCUCGUUUACGGGGAGUGCACACACGGGCAAGCUUGUUCAGAAAGCGGCCGCUGAAUCAAACCUAAAGGACUGCACGCUCGAACUGGGAGGGAAGAGCCCCUUGGUAGUUUUCGCAGAUGCCGACCUGGAAAAGGCUGCCCAGGCCGCCGCAUUUUCCGUCAUGUUCAAUUCUGGCCAGAUCUGCAUGGCCAGUACCAGAGUCUACGUGCAUAGGUCGGUGGCCGCCCGGUUUCUCACGGUGUACAAGGAUAAGAUCCUUCAAGUGAGAGGCCAUGCUGGUGAUCCUCUAGACCCCAAGACGACAUCCGGUCCAGUGGCAGAUCGCCAACAGUUCAACUCGAUCAAGGCGAUGCUGGAGGGAGCGAAGCAGCAAGCAUGCUGCUUUUCCAUGGGAGAUGUUCCGUCUGAAGGGACGGGCUGCUUUGUCGAUCCGGUGGUUAUCUGGGAUCCGCCAAAGAGCAGCGAUAUUGUGCGGAAGGAAGUGUUUGGACCCGUUGCGUGCGUCAUUCCGUUCGACUCUGAAGACGAGGCGAUAUCGCAAGCAAAUGAUUCCGAGUUCGGCUUAUACGCCAGUGUUUUCACGCGGGAUACCUCGCGCGGUCUGCGGUUUGCCAAAGACUUCGAGGCUGGAACCAUUGGCAUCAACACUACCUCGCCGUAUCAUUGCGAGAACCUUCCAAUUGGCGGAACCAAAGGCUCUGGGACCGGCAGGGAACUCGGCUCGGAAGGGCUUGAUAUCUGGACAGAGACCAAGACUGUGUUUGUUGAUCUGAGCUGA